AACCCCAGGCAGUCCGGAGAGGUGCUUGUCUUUUUUCUUGGUGAACCAGCAGAAGCACAGGGUGCUUGUGGUGUGUGUACGCGUGCGUGUACAGCAGUGUGGUCACUAAAUCAAAGGUGCACCUGAACGCGGUGGAGGGAGCUUGGAUUCUGUUCCUGUUCUGGGUAGUGUGGGCUACGUGUCUUCAACGGUCCGUCUCCUCAUCUUUGGUGCUGAUUCACCCGCCGUCUCCAGCACUCGUCCGGUGGUGGGUGCAGAGCCCCGUCUUCCCCCCGGGGGACCCUGUGCCCUGUGUUCCAUGUUUUCUUCUUGACUUCUCAUUUUGCUUGAGCGCAUCUUCCUGUAGCCUGAGAAAUGGUGCAUGAGAGAAUGUAUGACAACAUGUCCACGAUGGUGUAUAUAAAGGAAGACAAGUUGGAGAAGCUUACACAGGAUGAGAUUAUUUCUAAGACAAAGCAAGUGAUUCAGGGGCUGGAAGCUCUGAAGAACGAGCAUAAUUCCAUUUUACAAAGUUUACUGGAAACACUGAAGUGUUUGAAGAAAGAUGAUGAAAGUAAUCUGGUGGAGGAGAAAUCAAACAUGAUCCGGAAGUCACUGGAAAUGCUGGAGCUUGGCCUGAGUGAGGCACAGGUUAUGAUGGCUCUGUCCAAUCACCUGAAUGCUGUCGAGUCGGAGAAACAGAAGCUGCGGGCACAGGUUCGUCGCCUGUGCCAGGAGAAUCAGUGGCUGCGGGAUGAAUUGGCCAACACGCAGCAGAAAUUACAGAAGAGUGAGCAGUCUGUGGCUCAGCUGGAGGAAGAAAAGAAGCAUCUGGAAUUCAUGAAUCAGUUAAAAAAAUACGAUGAUGACAUCUCUCCAUCCGAGGACAAAGACACUGAUUCCACCAAAGAACCUCUGGAUGACCUUUUCCCAAAUGAUGACGACGAACCCGGCCAAGGAAUCCAGCAGCAGCACAGCAGUGCAGCGGCCGCGGCGCAGCAGGGCGGCUACGAGAUCCCGGCGCGCCUGCGCACUCUGCACAACCUGGUCAUCCAGUACGCCUCCCAGGGGCGCUACGAGGUGGCCGUGCCGCUCUGCAAGCAGGCCCUGGAGGACCUGGAGAAGACUUCGGGCCACGACCACCCAGACGUGGCUACCAUGCUGAACAUCCUGGCCUUGGUGUACAGAGACCAGAAUAAAUACAAAGAUGCCGCAAAUCUACUGAACGAUGCCUUGGCCAUCCGUGAAAAAACUUUGGGCAAAGAUCAUCCCGCGGUGGCGGCCACUCUGAAUAACCUUGCAGUGCUGUACGGCAAGAGAGGGAAGUACAAAGAGGCCGAGCCGCUGUGUAAAAGAGCCCUGGAGAUCAGAGAAAAGGUUUUGGGAAAGGAUCACCCCGAUGUUGCGAAGCAGUUGAACAACUUGGCCUUACUGUGCCAGAAUCAGGGCAAAUACGAAGAAGUAGAAUAUUAUUAUCAAAGAGCCCUUGAGAUCUACCAAACAAAACUGGGGCCCGACGACCCCAACGUGGCCAAAACGAAAAACAACCUGGCCUCCUGCUAUCUGAAGCAAGGAAAAUUCAAGCAAGCAGAAACACUGUACAAAGAGAUUCUCACUCGUGCACACGAAAGGGAGUUCGGUUCUGUGGAUGAUGAAAAUAAACCCAUUUGGAUGCACGCUGAAGAAAGAGAAGAAUGCAAAGGAAAGCAAAAGGAUGGGACAUCUUUUGGAGAAUAUGGCGGCUGGUACAAAGCCUGCAAAGUUGAUAGUCCGACUGUUACAACUACUUUGAAAAACCUCGGGGCACUUUAUAGACGACAAGGCAAAUUUGAAGCUGCGGAAACAUUGGAAGAAGCAGCCAUGAGGUCCCGUAAACAGAGAGUAGCUGAAGUGCUGAAUGACCCUGAGAACAUGGAGAAGCGGAGAAGCCGGGAGAGCCUGAACGUGGACGUGGUCAAGUACGAGAGCGGCCCUGACGGAGGGGAGGAAGUGAGUAUGAGCGUAGAGUGGAACGGGGACGGCACUGGAUCUUUAAAGCGCAGUGGCUCCUUUAGCAAACUCCGGGCUUCCAUUAGACGCAGCAGUGAGAAGCUGGUUAGGAAGCUGAAGGGAGGAAGUUCUCGAGAGAGUGAGCCAAGGAACCCCGGCAUGAAGCGUGCCAGUUCUCUGAGUGUCCUUAACGUGGGUGGCAAGGCAGCCGAAGACCGUGGUUUCCAAGGCGUCCUCGGUAGAGCCUCUUUUUGUGGAACAUGAAGGCAGCAGCAGUGGUCUCGAGGACGCCAGCAUUAACUGAAACCACACCCGGCCCUGGAGGACCCAGGACAACACUGCUCGUGUGCAGCCAGAGCCUGCCCUGUGACAGCCAGGGGACGGUCACCGAGGCUGGAGGGCCCUGGAGCUGAGAGCCUGCAGCACUAACCUCGUCUUCUGUGUCCCCGUGCCACCAGCACACUGUCCUACUAACAGCCACACCGCUCACCAGGACGCGUCGCUUGCAAAGCCAUGGCCACGCUCGGCCCCUCCUGGGUGACGGGGUGGGCGCAGCCUCCCCCCUGGGCCGCGGUUCCCGGGACACCCGUGUCCCGAAAGUGCAAGGAAGAGGCAUUGGCUGCCUGGGCCCGUGUGCCCAAUCUUACCGUGUCACUUCCCGAAGCUGUGUGUGAUAUGUUCUAUUGUAAAUUUUGUUAAAAUUAAAAAGUUUAUAUGCCUUAC